AUGUCGGAAACCGCUAUUGUCAAGAGAUCUGGCAUUGCCAAGGGAUUCAACAAGGGUCACAUCACCACCGCCCGCAAGCCAGCAAGCACCUUCAAGAAGGGUCUCGUCACCAAGAGAGUCGCUGCUGUCCGUGACAUCAUCCGUGAGGUCGCUGGUUUCGCCCCAUACGAGCGUAGAAUCCAAGAGCUGUUGAAGUCUGGUUUGGAUAAGCGUGCUCUUAAGGUUGCCAAGAAGAAGCUCGGUUCGAUCCAGUCUGGAAAGAAGAAGAGAGACGAGAUGGCCAACUACAACAGAAAGGUUCAGACCAAAUAA